AUGCUCUCUUUUGCUUUCCCUUCCGCGGUCGUGUCUGUCCUACCUCCCGCAAUUGCGUCUGCAAAACCUGUCGACGUUGCCCUCGCCACUCUUACUACAUGGGUCCUCCUCAAAGCCUUGAAGAGCAUGCGCAAGCGCGUGACUACCACUAAGCUGAAAGGCCCUCCGAGUGCCAGCUGGAUUUGGGGCGUCGGCCGCGUCACUGACGAAGCCGAAGACUCUGCUGUGCUUUACGAGAAGUGGGAGCAAGAAUAUGGCGUCGCUUACCAAGUGCCGGCCGCUCUGGGAAUCAACAAGGUCAUUCUAUGCGACCCCAAAGCUCUUGCCCAUUUGUGGGCUCGGGACACUGUCACGUAUGACCACGAAGCAGCUACCAAGAAGAUGAUCGACAUAUCCAUCGGAAAGGGAGUCAUUUGGGCUCACGGUGACAGCCAUAAGAGACAACGCAAAGCGCUCACACCCGCGUUCAGUCACGCUGCUCUCCGCCGCAUGACUUCAGUCUUUCUCAAUUCAGCGUACAAGGUUCGAGAUGGAUGGCACGCGAUCCUGGAUAAUGCCGGCGAUGGAUCAGUCAUCGAGGUCCAGAAAUGGAUGAGUGGAAUUGCCCUCGACUCGAUUGGAUUAGCUGGUUUUUCGCAUGACUUUGGUGCAACGACGAACCAGGACACCGACGUGGUCAAGCUGUUCCACUCGGUCGGAGGGAACCCCACUCAGCUUGCCAGAUUCUUCACCCUCCUCGGUGUUGCGUUCCCCUGGCUCGCGGAAGUUCCAAUCCCGCACAACCAGCGCGUCAAGCGCCUGGCUACUUUUAUGGAAGAGAUCUCCGGUGGCUGGUUCGAGCGCUCUCGUCAGGAGAAACAGGAACUCGGCGCCGCGACUGUCGAUGAAAAGUCGGUGCUUGGACUUCUCCUCAAGGCUGAGGUAGCGAACUCUGAGCUUCGCCUUUCUCAUGAGGAAAUCAUUGAUGAGAUGAAAGUUCUUCUCUCCGCCGGCUUUGAAACCAGCUCCACCACCCUGACCUGGACUCUUGCAGAGCUUUCCAAAAACCCUACGGCCCAGGAAAAGCUCCGUGAAGAACUUCUCGGGCAAUUCGCAAACACAGACCCAACGUACGACGAUUUGAAUGGGGGACUGCCUUACCUUGAUGCAGUGGUGCACGAAGUGCUCCGCCUCCACCCACCCGUGGCCGAGCUCCAGCGCGAGGCCCUCGAGGACGACGUCAUUCCUCUCGGCGCGCCUAUCCAAGACGCCAACGGACGCGUGAUAGACAGUAUCACCAUCGCCAAAGGCACGCUCGUCUUCAUGUCCGUCGAAUACCUCAACCGGUCCGAGAAAUUCUGGGGCCCGGAUGCCAAGGUCUUCCGCCCCGAGCGCUGGCUCGAGGGAGGCGACCUGCAGGCGGGUAACGUCAAGGCUAACGAGCUCCGGGGCCACAAGCAUCUCCUCACGUUUAAUGACGGGCCAAGGACCUGUCUCGGAAAGAAUUUCGCGCUUGCGGAGCUCAAGGCCUCGCUGUCUGUACUAGUUAGGAACUUUGCUUUCGAGCCUCGUGACAAGAAAGACAGGGUUGAAAGAAUUGUAGGCAAUUUGGUCCGUCCAAAAGUGGUUGGGCAGCCCGGUAUCGAGGUCCCUCUUCGCGUUAGGCGUGUGGACUAA